AUGAAGGCUUUGGUGGUUGCAUGUUUAUUAAUCUUGUCGGUGCACGGGGGCCAUUACAUAAUCCCCGGACACUCGCCUUACGACGCCUACCACGACCUACACCUCCCUCACAGCCCCCCUUUAUACCCCACUUUGGCCUCAGUGCCCCCCACAGGCUUCACUUGUCUCGGACGCAACCCCGGAUAUUACGCCGACAUCGAAACCGGGUGCCAGGCGUAUCAUCGGUGUGAAUACAAUUCUGCAGCAUCAUUCUUGUGCACGAAUGGGACCUUGUUCAACGAACAGUUCCAGGUCUGCGACCAGUUUUAUAACGUCAGGUGCGGCUCGCCGUACAUAGAUUUGUAAAAACGCAGUCUCAUUAAAUUAUUUAUUGCUCC